AUGGGAGCUUCUGAAUCACGACUUCGUGUCGACGACUCGAACGAGGCACCAAGGCAAGGCUAUCACGUCGUCCGAGUCGCAGCAGGCUCGCCCGCUCAUCUUGCCGGGAUCGAACCUUUCUUCGACUUUUGUGUCGGCAUUGACGGUGUGGCAUUGGACCCGACGAAGGACGUCGAUGGAGCCGGUGACACGACAGGCUUAGGGGCGUGGAAGAGCUUGGAAGAGCGGGAAGGGACACAGGUCAUGCUCGAUAUAUGGAACUCGAAACGCCAGCAACUUCGCCAAGUUGCCAUCGUCCCUUCCCGACAGUGGUCAUCACAGCCUUCCACCAGCAGCAUCAACGGAACUAGCUCAGAAGCAACAUCACAGCCUUCCUUACUCGGGCUCUCGCUCCGGCUCUGCAACCCUUCACAAGCUCUGUUACACGUAUGGCACAUCUUGGAGAUUCUAGAAGGAUCACCUGCUGAGUCUGCUGGUCUUGUGCCAUUUGGCGACUUUGUGAUCGGCUGGCCAGGUGGAGUGUUGCAAGCAGAAGGCGACUUUUACGAGCUUGUCGAGGCACACACUGAUCGAGCAUUGCGGUUGUACGUCUACAACUCUGACUACGAUCACACAAGGGAAGUUAUCAUUGUGCCCAAUCGCGAAUGGGGUGGUGAAGGUUUGCUUGGCUGUGGUGUGGGGUACGGCCUCUUGCAUCGCAUUCCUAAACCUCAAGAUCUACCCAAGGUGCCACCAGAGCUAUCGUCGCACGAAGACGAGGAUCAAGGCAUUCCCGAAGACCAGCUCAAGACACCGAGGAUCGGUGCUCCUCCAUCGGCGGCAGCGACACCAGCAGGCAAUCCACGCUUCGAAGAAGAUCACUUCAGCACGCCCCUCGCCAACCCUUCUGGCGCAAGAUCAGCAAGUCAAGACCACGACUAUUAUCACAGCAGCCACGAUGAAGAAGAAGAAGAACUCGACUACGAGGCCAAUACCAGCGGGGUCACGGUCAGCAUGCGCCACGAUGAUGAGGAUGACGAAGAAGGUCAGAGUCGAGAUGUCGCAGAUCUUGCUUAG